CUGACACAUUGAUCAAAUAAUGUUUCAGUUGUAACUCGACAUUCGUCCGACAGUCUAUGCCACGAGAGGGCAGAUGUGAAAGAUGGGCACCGACUUGGAGAAAGGGGUGUACACGUCGCCAUAUGGCUCCAAGAAAUGGGAAUAUUUGUCUAUUUUAACGUGUUCCAUUAUGUGUGCCUGUAUGGGAUUCAUCGUGGGAUGGAAUUCACCGAGCAUCGUGAAGUUAAUGGCUGACGACUCUUCUAUACCAGUUACACCAUCAGCUGUUUCUACACUGGUGGCUGUUGUGGCUAUUGGUCAUAUGAUAGCACCACCGUUCAACACUUUCAUCGUUGACAGAUUUGGCAGGAAAAAUACUAUGCUGCUCAGUGCUUUACCGCUAUUAGUUAGUUGGAGCUUAAUCACUAUAGCGACAUCUAUUUGGGAACUGUACAUAGCGAGACUACUGGCAGGGAUAUCACUAGGAAUAUUCGUCUGUGUCUGUCCCAUGUAUAUAGGCGAGGUGUCAUCGACAGAUACGCGAGGUGCUGGGAACUCGAUGGCAGCCAUCAUUUACAACAUUGGUAUUCUCUUAACCUUCGUAAUCGCUCCUCAUCUCUCUUUACCUCUAAUGGCAGGGGUUUUCUUGAUCAUCAAUUUCGUCUUCGUGAUCACAUUCUGGUUCAUGCCCGAAUCCCCGUACUUCCUGGUGAUGAAGAACAGGAUAGACGAAGCGGAGGAGGUGUUGGAAAAACUACGAGGCAAAUCGGACGUCUCCGAAGAGCUACGAACGAUCGUCGACACGCUGACGAAGGACAAGGAGUCGGCCAAAACCGGAGGCUUGAAGGACAUCUUCACGUCGUGGGCCAACUUCCGGGCGUUGCUCAUUAUCACGCUCUUCACCGUGACUCAUCAUUUCGGUGGCUACUUCGUGAUCCUGGCAUAUGGCCAGUUGAUAUUUAAGUCAACCAACAACGUGUUCUCGGAUUACACGUUGAACGUGGUAAUUGGCCUAACGCAGCUAGUCUCCGCUCUUCUCACCGGUUUCCUGGUAGACACGCUCGGACGCAAACCUCUGAUACUCGUGUCGGGUGUCAGUGCAUCGAUUUGCAAUCUUGUGAUCGGUGUUUAUUUCUACGCCAAUGAGUACACGCGUGUUGACACGUCGUCGUUCUCAUGGGUCCCGUUUUUGUCCUCCAUAAUUCUCAUUUUCUCCUUCAAUUGCGGUCUAGUCUGCCUGCAGAUCGUUCUCAUGUCAGAGAUCUUCGCGACGAAGGUCAAGGCUGUCAGCACGUGUCUGGUAGGCGUGAUCAGUGGACUGCUUGGCACUCUGGGCUGCAAGCUUUACAUAUGGAUAGCGAUAAGUUUGAACUACGGCCAUUCGAUACCAUUUCUGGUCUACUUUGUUGUCGUGGCAGUCUGUACAGCGAUCAUAUUUCGUAUCACGCCUGAGACCAAGGGCAAGACAUUCGCGGAGAUCCAAAUGGAGUUGAAGAAGUAAUCGUUUCUCGUUGUUCGUUGAUUGAUCAGUGCGCAGAUGACAAGUCUAUGCUCCGUUCAACGAGAAUUCACGGGAAAUAUAAACAGACUGUUCACGUGAUUUGUAAGCUAUGGCUGCAGCUGAGUGACUGUCAAACGUUGAUGUUCAGCGAUGAAUAACGAGGAACCGAGGGUCUUUGCACGCGAAACCAGUUUCUUUAUUUAUGUGCAGGGCUCAGAACACGAUGUUCCAGUCCUAGUUUGAUCACGAGUCUUUUGCAUGUACUGUGCGUCCAAGGCAAGAAGGCACAGCGUGUUAUCCUCACGGCUAACUCCGUUGACACUCCCAUGAUCACAGGGGAGAUAGGAUAACGACAGCAUCGGCAUAGUCUUUCAAUCGUAAUCUUAGCUUCCUAUUUUUCAACCCUUUACACUCAAAAGACCACCUUCAGUCACCGUUCAAUCAAAUUUUGGAGAUCGAUAUUAGUAUCUCAAAUUUAAGGUAACGUAACAAUGUGUGAGGUAUCGAAAUCAAAUAAUUCUACGAAUUAAUUAUUACACGAUUUCUUAUUUAAUGGUGAAAAUAGUAUUGUCAGUCUUAUAUCAGAAUCUUUUAAUUUCUACUUUUCUCUGGACAAAAUGUCGUCGAGUGCAAGAACUUAAUAGCUAACAUUUAGAUCGAAAGGCUAAAUAUGGCCGAUGCUGCCAUAUCCUAUCUGACUUGGUCUCGUUACAGCCCAUCGAUGAUAUUCGUCACCGUCCUCUGCCAAUAGCGGUCACUGCCUGUGAUCAUGGGACUGUCAGAGGAUUUAUACAGCCGUGAGGAUGAAAACAGACUGAGCCUUCUUUCUUCGGACAGAUAGUACAUACGAAGGUCG